CUUCAAGACCAUUGUUCGCAUCGUACACAUCUCACAGCCCUUAUUUCGCGUUCUGUACUUGUCGACAAACAAUCAGGUUGAAGUUUCACGCCGACCAAACCCGACGAUAUUCCCUUCCCUUUUACGAAAGAAACCCCAAUCCCCCAUCUCGGCACCCGGCAUCAUCUCCAUCUAACCCCGCACUUCAACUACACCAUGGCGAUUCCCCAGACCCAGAUUGCAGCGGUGCUCCCCUCCACCGGGGCGACUGCGGCAGCUCAAUUGGAGAUCAAAAAGGAACACCCUGUGCCAUUGCCUGCAGAGGGGGAGAUUCUGGUGAAACUGGAGUUCUCUGGGAUAUGCCAUUCGGAUGUGCAUAGUGUUCGUGGGGAGACGCCCAUGUUGACGGAUGUGGCGGGGCAUGAGGGGGUGGGGAAGGUGGUGAAAGUCGGGGCUGGAGUCAAUGAGCAGGAGUGGAUGGGGAAGAGAGUUGGAAUCAGAUGGCUGUAUAGCUCUUGCUUGAACUGUGAGAUCUGCGCGGUUAACAACACGGCGUGUCCGUCGCAGAAGAAUGCGGGUGCAAACGUACCAGGGACAUUCCAACAAUACCUUGUCAGCCCAGCGAUCCAUGUAACGAAGAUCCCCUCGGAGCUGGAGCCUGAUGUGGCCGCGCCGCUGCUUUGUGCUGGGAUUGCGAUGUAUUCGUCAAUUCUCAAAACCAAGACCCGCCCAGGAGACUGGAUCGUGCUUCCCGGCGCUGGUGGAGGUCUAGGACAUAUGGGGGUUCAGAUCGCCGUCAAAAAGGGACUGAAAGUGAUCGCGAUUGAUAGUGGCGAAAAGAAAAAAGAAUUGUGUCUUGCCCUCGGCGCCACAAGCUUUCUCGACUACAAGGUCGACGACGUUGAAGCUGGAGUAAAAUCCUUGACUUCCGGAUAUGGUGCCCACGCCGUCAUCUGUACAGCCAACAACGAAGCGGCUUAUACGCAGAGCAUGCGAUUGCUUCGAAGCCUGGGAGUUCUUGUCUGCGUUGGAAUUCCCAGUGCACCAUUUAGACUACCAGCGACUCCAUUUGAUAUGAUUGUCAAAGGUCUCACGAUUGUGGGGAAUUCGGCCGGUACUGCAAAGGAGAUGGAUGAGUUGAUGGAAAUGGCUGUUCGGGGAGAAGUGUCGGCACAUAUCGAGAGGUUCGAUUUUGAUUGUAUCAGCGAUGUGUUGCAACGCCUUGGACGGUCUGAGAUUGAUGGACGUGCUGUUGUGAAGAUACCAGAGUAAGUGUCUCGAAUUGCGACAUGCUGUUGAAUGUGUCGAUUUGUCUUGGUCCACGGAUGGUGGCCAAAUAAACGGGCUGCAUACGUUCAUGUCGAGUCUGAAGGUAAGGCUUGCUGUUUCCAGCUACCUGCAAUGGAAGAACAUCCUUUAGUAUAUAAAGAUUUC